AAAUUAUCCACCUAAAGCCAAUCCUCCUCAAGCUGAUCACUGAGCUGAAUGGACUAACAAGCUCAGGGACUUCAAAAUUACAUGCAGGAAAUGUUUCUCCAGGAGCUGAUGGAUGUUUAGAAGCUGAAGUUAAAUGGAUUACACUGAGCUGCCAAGCACAGGAAAUCAUAGAAGCCAAGACUGAUCACUUGCCUGGCACUAACUAGCACAACACCACGUCCUCGGGUGGGACAACGUUUCACGAUACAUCAGCCAAGUUCACACAGCCUGAUGAUUUGCCAUGGAAUCAAGAAACUUUGUCCAAUUCAAAUAGGUUAGCUUAGGGGUGAAAAGAAACAGUUUGGCAGUGACCUUUGUUCAUUUCUGAAUUACUUCCUUGCUAUCUUGGCAUUUGUGUUAGUUAUCGUUUUUUUGUUGUUGUUUUUUGUCAUCCAAGAGGAAAUUAUGUCUCAAGUGAAUUUGUUGAAAUGAUAUGCUACAAAACACCUACAACCAACACAAAUGACAUCCAUUCAUGGUGUUCUUCAAAGUAAAGCUAAUUCUUGGGGAAACAGUCAUUUAUCAAGGGGCUACAUUCAUUCAAACUAAACAUGGCCAGAGACAACAGCUUUCUGAGCCUCAUGCCUUCACCUGUGAGGUAUGAGCAAAGGUGUGGACCAGCCCUGGGAUUAAUCCUGCCUCUUUUCCCCCUACAUUCUCUUAUUUUUUAUUAUUUUUUGUCAUGUGCUGCUGCCGUGGGCACCAUAGAAUAUGACUACGGAAUUAGUCCCAAAUUUGUCUGCACUCCCGUUCCCCCAGAAGCAGAUCCCAGCUGUUAUUCACCACCUUCUGUGCCCCAUGGACCAAGUAGCAGCAGUCAUGGGAAUGACCACGGCACUGGCAGUCAUCGGGGCAUAAUGUCAGAUGAGGCAAAAGCCACCAUUUUGCACCUUCGUGAGAGCCUUGUAAGGCAGAAGGAAACAAUCCUGGACCAGAGGGAGACUAUCAGAGAACUGACUGCCAAACUCACGUUGUGUGAAGGGUUUGGCGGCCACCACAGCAUUGGUCAUCACGAAAGCCAUCAUGGUUACCAUGACAGUCAUCAUGACACUCACCAUAGUAGCCAUCAGGACAAUCAUAACAGCCACCAUGAUGAGCACCAUGGACAUCAUGGCAGCCAUCAUGGGCCAUCAUCACUGCACCACGGGCCCUCAGCCCAUCAUGACAGUGACCAUCACAUCUCCCAUGGCAGCCACAGGUCAGACCUCCACCACCAAAAGGGCUCAUCAUAUAGCAAACACAACUCUUUUUCACCAGAACAGACUGGAAAGACGCUGCAGACAUUGAAAGAGAGGCUGGAGAACUUGCAGGCAAGAAACUCCUCCAGUUCCUACUCAAGCUCCCUGAGAGAACUCCUCCAGCGAAAGAUCAAUGCUCUAGAAGAACAGCUACACAGUUACUACAGAGAUCACCAUAAUGACCACCAUGCUGACCACCAUGAUGACUCACAUAAUGAUAACCACAACGGCAGCCACCAUGAUGACCACCAUUCUACUCACCAUGGUGGCCAUCCUGACGAUAGCCACCAUAGCAGUGGUCACCAUGAAGACCAUCACAGCAGCCACCAUGGUAGCCAUAGAUACAACCAUCACAGCAACCAUCAUAGUCGCCAUUAUGACCCCCACCAUGGCUGGCAUCAUGGUCAUCGCUAUGGUCACCAUGAAGACCAUCACAGCAGCCACCACAAUGACCAUCAUAAUGACCACCAUGGUCACCAUCAUGGUGGUCAUGAUAGCCAUCAUGAUAGCCAUCAUGACCACCAUGAUUCACUGCAUGGGCAUGGAUAUCAUGAUGAUCACCAUGAUGAUCACCAUGGCACUGAGGACCAUGACAAUCACGAAGGGGAGCAUCCACCCAGGCGCCUUCCUUACACUAGCAAGGAAACAAGUCUGCGGGGCUCUGGACACAGCAAGCUGGAAACAGUUCUUGGCCAACUACAUCACAAUGACCAUGGAAACCAAAAGAAGCUUAAGAGUCCAAGUGCUUUCCUCCUUGAGUUUCCCAUGAGGACCAACUACAUGUAUGCCAAGAUGAAGCGAUCAGUGGUCAAUGAGAUCUUCGCCCUGACCAUCUGUCUGUGGCUGAAGCCAGGGGAAGGUUCUGGCCUCGGAACACCCAUUUCCUACGCCGUGCCUGGGCAAGCUAAUGAGCUGGUGCUAAUGGAAUGGGGCAGCAAUCCAAUGGAGCUGCUCGUUAAUGACAAGGCAGUGACACUACCAAUAACUUUAACAGACGGAAAGUGGCAUCAUGUGUGUGUGACAUGGUCAACACGUGACGGCGUUUGGGAGGCUUACCAAGAUGGAGUGAAGAAAGGUUCCGGACAGAACCUGUCAGCCUGGAAUUCCAUAAAACCAGGAGGGAUCUUUAUGUUGGGUCAGGAGCAGGACACAAUGGGAGGUCGCUUUGACAUCACUCAAUCUUUCUUGGGAGAGUUGUCAGAUCUCCAGUUCUGGUCCAGAGUCUUGACAGCUAAUGAGAUUCACACCCAAGCAACAUGUGGAAACCACCUUGUUGGUGACGUCAUGUCAUGGUCUGAAGAGCAAGUGGAACUUCAUGGAGGGCUGACUGAGCUUCCUUUUGAGCCUUGUCACUAAAUAGAAACAUUGAAUUCUCACAGGCAAAGCAGUAGAAUUAUAUGAUUAAAUGCAUGUGUCAAAAAUGGAUGGGGAAUGGAGAAAUAUAAUUUUUCUGCCUUCUCCACCUACGCGCUCACUUCCAUGUUCUCAGCAGGACUGCUUUGAAAGCUCCCAAGAGCGCAGCGCUUUGGAUUUACUGCCUGUAUGGUCACGACUGCGGCUGCUGCUCUGAUGGAUUCAACACACAUAAUUGGAUUUCCUUUCAGCAGAACAGCGACAGACGUUGCUGGAUUCUAUUGACAAGCUUGCUGCAAUCAUCACAAACAUUAAAAAAGGGUGAAAAAGAGAGUAAAGGGACAGGAAAAAAGCCUCAUCAGCUCCUCAGAUGUUGUCACAGGAUAUGUUUCUUUUACAGGUCAAACCUGGCAUUUUUAUAGUAUUACUCGAUAAUGUUAACUUGUAUACAUUACGUAUAUUAGUAUUUCAUAUUGAAAAUAAUGCAGGCUAUUUGAGGAAAAAAAAUACAAUUAAAAAUAAUUAAAUGGAUGGGUUGUGUUGUACCAAAUUAUGCAUGUUGUCAACACAGAAUUGAAAACGCUUUUCAUUUGACCGCUGUUAGUUGUUGCGUAACGGUGAGAUGGUUCGAUGUCAGGUGUGACAUGCUAUGGCUUUAAGCCACCUAACAGCAUCAAAACAGGUAAACCGGCCUACAACGUGUCAACGCUGUGAAGCCAACGUCUCCUGAUCUACUGGUGGCUUAUGUUAGGAUUUACCUGUGAACAGCUGACCUUAUCCUGCCUAUUUCCAACCAGCUCAAACCUUAAGGCAAAGGCAGACAUGCCAACACAUAUGCAGUUGCACAUGCUCAGAAAAGCUAAAGAAGUGAGAAAGUAUUGCUGGUCCCAUGGUAGCAGCUUGUAUCUUCUUAUUUUUUUUUUCUUUUUGUACAUGUACAUAGUAUUAUAUGGUCUCUUUCCAUUGGUCAAAAUACUUUAGAACUGUAUUUGUUACAUUGUAAAUAAGUAAAAAAAAAAUAAAUAAAUAAAUAAACUGUAUUUUCCUGAUCUUUUCUUAUCUCUUUUUGCUUUUGGAGGAUAUCCUCCAUAACAAAUUGUUGAAAUCUGUCUAAGUUUGGCUUUAAGUCAGGCUUUCUUGCUUUGACCAGUCUUUGUGUAAAAAAGGGAUAUUAAUUACAGCAUUUAAAAAAAAUAGCUUUAAACAUCUGCUAAAUCUUUUAUGUAUGCCAAAGUAUGAAGCACUUUGAAAUGUUUGUCCUGUCUUUUUCUGUGAUAAAUAGUGGGCCAAAUGUGUGUUACACCUCUUUCAAACGUGUUCUUUGUUUUUGUCAUUUAGACUACAUACAUUUACUGCAGAUAAAUAUUUGUAAGCUCUUUACUCAGUAUGUAGAACAAUGGUAGCAUCAUCAUCAUUAAUAAAAUAUCUGCUUAUUUUUCGCCUUUACGGUAUAUGCCAGCAUUUUGAUAGCAUUUGUUUUGUUAGCCUUUGUAUGUAUAUAACAUGUUAUAGUUCAAAACAGUCCCUCCCUCAAGUGUGAGCCAAAAAUGCAUACAGAUUUGUAAAACUUGAAGGAGUAAGAUUAUGAAUCAUAAAUGCUGGAAAAUGUUUGUAAAUAUACACCAAUUUUGAAUAAAACAAUUUAAAAUAACA